AGUUAUUAUUAUUAGUAAUUUUAGGGAGAGAUUAUGGUAGUUGUUUGAGGGCAAUGGGUUGUUGAGAGUCAAUAGGCAUGUCCACCUUAAGUGGAGUUAGAUCAGCAGCAUUCGCAGCUCAACGUGGAUGUUAGCUCCACCUAGUUAGGAUUUUUCUCUUUCAUCUAUGAUGUAUUUAUAUGAAGAACGAAAUGAAUAAUAGGCAAGCAAUUUCAGAAUUAAGAAAACCCUGGCCAUUCUCACCAAGAAAGAGAAACAUGGCCUACUCCGCCAAGAAAAGGGAGCUAUCCAAAUUCAACAUGUAUCAUUUGGUAUCAGAGCCGUUGAUCCGGGUUCCGAUCACGAUGAGCUCAGAGAGACCGUCAAGAGAGGAACUCAUCAAUUAGGAAAUCCAAAUGCUAGACAGUGUCAUCGCUACCUGCAGCAAGAUGAUUGCUUCAUAUGACAAACACAUGUCAGCAACAACACCAACGCCGCUACGAGUUGAGACCCUGGCCGCCAUGGAAAAGGCGGAGAUCGCCAUCCCACCUGUAGCACCUGCACCGCCACCGUCGCAAGCUGAAGCUCUAGUCGAGUUUGUAGAGGACGAGGAAGAAGAUGUUGUUGGCGCAAAGCUUGUACAGCCGUUGUCGUUGUCGUCGUUCCCUCUAGCCGCCCCGACUAGUGUCUCCCAACCACUGCCGCUGCAAUUCAAAACCCUCACCGCCAUGGAAGCCACGAAGAUCAAUCCACAACCAAGCUUCGUUGCACCACUGGUCAUCGCUCCACUACUGUCGAUGCCUACCGCUGUUGUUGCUGUUGACAUUGCUCCACUGCCGCCGCAGAUUGAAAACUUAGUGAGUUCACCGAUCGCAUCCCCUGUGCACACAGCAGACCUGCCAUCGAUUGUCAUUGAGAUGGAAUCACAACUUGAACCAACAGCCAUAACCGCUCCUUUUUCACCAAGCCUCGACGUAAAGCAUCGUCAUGUGGAAAAGCUGCAAACUUUGUUGGUUAAGGGUCGUCCACGACAAAUAAAUGGGUACGUCUUAUCACUGGGUAUCAGAAUAACCACCAGAUGUGUUAUUUACAAUAGAGGCAGAAGAAUAUUGGGUCAAAUAAACCCUUGGAGAUUUAGGAAGAAACGUGAGACUUCUCUAGGAAUGUUUGGUGUUGAUAGCUACUUUCUCUAUUGGUGGAAGAAAAGGAAGAAGAAAAGGAAGAAGGAUAUUGGGGAGGAAGACAAGAGGGUAGGAGUUGGACAUGUAGAAGGGCUUCCAGCCAAUUUUUUGCACAAAAAGUUCUAUUAUGGAACUCUAUUGAAGAAGGCUUACGACGAGGAGCUCGAGGAUGCAGCUGUCGAUGAUCAAAGGAAUAUGGGUUUGGGGAGGUUGAGCAGGAUUCAAGGGAUGGCCCAACCAAAGAAGAGUAAGAAAGAGUCCACGAAGCUCGCUAAUGGAGUUGUUGUGGAGAAAGGAGAUGAAGCUCCACAGGCUGUUGUUCUACCAGAGACCCAAAUCUUCAAAAGUAAGAAGAUGAAACUUGCUGAGUCGGUGUUUGUCGGAUUGGCAUUGCAGGCUGAUCCCGAGGUUAAUAUAAGUUAUUUGAAAGAAAUUAUUCAACUCUGCAAAGACCAUGAUUCGACCAUUGUGAAGCUCAGUUUGUUGUCGUUGUUGGCUGUUUACAAAAGCAUAAUACAUGGGUAUCAUACAUGGCUUCGCACUGCAAAGGAGCUAGGAGUGAAAAUUUUCAAGGAAGUGAAGCAGAUGUGGUCCUAUGACUCAACACAGUUGUUCACAUACAACAGAAAUCUACAGCGGAAGAGCCCCUUUCCGUGGAUGCUGCUUGGGAGUUGUCUCCCAUUUUCGAUGAUCGUUUCAAUCAACUCGGCCUUGAGGACAAGGCCGUUUUUGAGGGGGUGGUAAUGAUAAGCCCACGAAUCAAUGAACUCAACCCAACCAUUGUCCAAGCUUACCGUUGCCAGGACAGGAGUAGUCUUUGGGUUUUGUUUUAGCUUGAAAGGGUAUUCCCUACUGAUUAGGAGUAGUAGUUGUUGUUUUGGAUGGAAUAAAGUCCCUCCACCUUAAGUGGAGAAAGAGUAGGCAGCAGCUAGUCGUGGAAGCAUAGCUCCCACCUUGUUAGGAUUUUUAGUUUCAACGAUGAUGUAUUUAAACUAGAAGCAAAGAAAUAACAAGAGAGCAGAAUUUCAGUAAGUAAAACCCCUGGUAAUUUCUCGCCAAGAAAAGAGAGAACUGGCUCAAUCCCGCCAAGAAAAGGGAUUCAUUCAC